GAGGAGGGAAGAGGGGAGAGAGAGGAAGAGGAGGGGAGCAGCAUGAAAAAGUGAGUGAGCGAUCAAGGGAAAGAGAGCAAGAGAGUGAGGGAAAGAGAGCGAGCACUCUGAAUUGUGAGUGGCUUACGACACUCAGUGAACAGAAGGUCCUUCUGCAUGCGCUGUCAGUGUACUGCCCUGCUGCAAGGGAUUGCGCGCUCCUUUGCUUUCCACAUUUACCGCCCCUGCCUGCCUACCAGCACCAGCCUUCAGCAGCCUCUUCCAGCUGGCUGAGAAAACACCCGGAGAGCAAGGCAGUGAACGAAAACUGCAAGCCACAGGGGCUGCAAGCGGCUUCUUACCCGAGAUGAGCCACUGAGAUGACAAGGAAUACUGUUACACAAGAAAACAGUGUACAGGGUUCACCUCUUUAAAUCCUUUUUUUCCCCUUGCAUCCGUCACUGAAAGCAUGAUUACCCGCUUGAAUGGAUUUCAACCUUACAAGUCAGUGAUUGCUUCCAGAGAUGGACAAUAAUACGCGUUGACAGAUCUGCUGAAACUUAAGCAGGAAGGGGAGGAGAAAAGAGCAAGACAGAUAUUUAAAAAGAUUUUUCCUUGGUCUUUUUUUUCUUUCUCUGGUUGUCUCUUCUCCCCUCUGAUCAUUGCAGCAGAGGACUGCGGAGGAGCAAAAGAGACAGAGCUCAUGCAUGCAGACAGGGGAACUUGCACUUCCUACCAUCUCGCUGAAAGCUACUUGGAUUCCUUCUCUUUCUGGCUCUUUCACUUGAGGAGAACUAAGACAUUGUAAGCCUGCCAAGGAUCUGGUGUCCACUGAAAAGAGAGAAGGGAGGGGGGAGAAUUUGUACCACAGUGGGGUCUUUUUUAGAUUCGCACAUAAUUAGUGUUGGGGCACAAAGCGAGACGCUGAAUGGAGAUUGUCAGCUUUUGGAUAGGGGUGAGUAGAAAUCUUUUCAAAUAAGAUCGAUCAAUGAGGACAAUUUAAUUUUUUUUUUAUCCCCUCUACUCUCCACCCACUGCUUGAUAUCUAACAUAAGCAGAGACUUGCCCUUUAUCCUUUGCAUUUUCGACAAGGAUUCCCUUGGUUGACAAAAUAAAAGAAAUAUAAUCAUCGGCUACAGCUAUAAUACAAAAACGGAACGAAACAGAUUAUUAAAUUAAUUUAAUAUGAUGUAAUAAAUAUGAUGUGAUAGGUGCAAAAACAAUAUCCAGAGUGGUUCAAUGGACAUUUUCUCAGUGGCAUCCCUGGAUAUUUAUGCUAAUGGAUUUCCUUCUAAUUGGACUGUACUUAAAGUGGCCACUGAAGAAGCCCCCUGGGUUGAUACUGUGUUUAUUGGGCAUUUUUCUGAGAACGGUUCCCUUGGUAGAGGGGGUUUGUCCAAGGCUGUGCCGCUGCGACAGCAAGCUGCUGUACUGCGAGGGGCUCAACCUUACAGACAUUCCCCGCAAUCUGAGCAGCGCCAUGGGCCUGUCCAUGAGAGAGAACAACUUGACUGAGCUUCGUGAAGGCCAACUGGCUGGUCUGUCACAGCUCACCUGGCUCUUCCUAGAUCACAACAACAUUGACAUUGUAGAGGAGGGUGCAUUUGACAGGCUAAGACGGGUCAAGGAAUUAGACCUCAGCAGCAACCGGAUUGAGAGUCUGCCAAAUGCUACCUUUAGGCCCCUCCCAAACUUGCGUAUCCUGGACCUCUCAUACAACAGGCUGCAGGUACUAGAGCCUGACCUGUUCCACGGCCUUAGAAAGCUAACCAAUUUGCAUUUGCGCUACAAUGCUCUCAAAUUUGUGCCAGUGCGGAUUUUUCAAGACUGCCGGAGCAUGCAGUUUCUGGACUUAGGAUACAACCAACUGCAGAGCCUGGCACGAAACUCCUUCGCUGGUCUCUUCAAGUUGACUGAGUUGCAUCUUGAGCACAAUGAGCUAGUUAAAGUCAACCUAGCCCACUUCCCUCGCCUCAUCUCUUUACGUACUCUGUACAUGCACAACAAUCAUGCCACUAUUGUUGUCAAUACACUUGACUGGACAUGGCAUUUUUUAGAGAAGAUUGACCUGUCAGCCAAUGAAAUCGAAUACAUUGAGCCACAUGUUUUUGAGAGCGCACCUAACCUUAAGGUGCUGAUGCUAGACUCCAAUCGGUUGACCUCUGUGGACCAGCGCAUCCUGGAUUCGUGGUCAUCUCUGGACAGCAUUACCCUGGCAGGGAAUGACUGGGAGUGCAGUCGCAACGUGUGUGCCUUGGCCACUUGGCUGAGUGCCUUCCGAGGCCAGCGUGACAAUUCCCUGCUGUGUUCAAGCCCCGACACCGCACAGGGCGAGGAUGUGUUGGAUGCUGUCUAUGCUUUUCAGCUAUGUGAGGAUCACCCAAUGGAGGUUACUACAGCAGGCCUGUAUGCCUCUACAAGGGAUCUGUCCCAGGGUGGCUCUGUUUUCCUGGGCCCAUUUACUCCCAACCCUUAUGAGGGUGAGGGUAGUGAGGUGGUCACCAGUUCAUUCACUGUCACAGUGGGCCAUGAUGACCUGGAGAGCACCAUGCAGAUCCACAAGGUGGUGACUGGGACCAUGGCACUCAUAUUUUCCUUUCUCAUCAUAGUGCUCAUGUUGUAUGUGGCAUGGAAGUGCUUUCCAGCUGGAAUAAGACAACUGAGGCAGUGCUUCAGCAGUCAACGCCGUAAGCAGAAGCAAAAGCAAAGCAUGCAGCAGAUGGCUGCAAUUUCUACACCGGAGUACUAUGUUGACUAUAAACCUAACCACAUUGAGGGAGCUCUGGUAAUCAUCAAUGAAUAUGGCUCUUGCACUUGCCAACAGCAACCUUCUCGGGAAUGUGAGGUGUGACCCUGCUUUGUGAGUACGUCUUUACCUGUGAUUAUCUGGAUAUACAGUACAUCCCUUUUUUGGAUACACUGGGGAGGGGAAUAUUGCGGGACAGAAGGAAUAAAGGAAUCUUUUGGACACUUUUUAGACAGAAUCUCACUGUGAUGUGGAAGGAGUAUGCUUUAUGCGACUGACUAUUUUGCGGUGGAUUUACUGCUACUGCUAUCUACUGCAGAUUUGAAGCCACAGGGCAUAAUGGUGACUCUUGGACCUGUUGAUGUUCUACAGAAACACAGAGAGGAAUACAUUGUGGGCACUAAGGCUUUUCUCUCAUGGGUGGAUAUUUGAGCUUUAAUGUGUCUUUCUACUUCAGGACAUUUAAUUAUUGUUUAAAAACAAACUGGGGACACACAAAAGAAGAAAAAAGAAAAAAAACAUUUGUAUUAUGGUAAACACAAUAUUUGACAAGCAUUUAAAAUAUUAAAAAAAAACAUGUUUAAGUUGGAUUAAAAUGUAAAAUUAAAAGUCUGUGUAAAAUAUGUUAAAAGAAGAAGUGCAAGUGUGGACAAAAAAUGAUACAAGAUAAUCUAUUUCUUUUGUAAACUACAAAAAAUGUUUAAAUAAAUGAAUUGCUAUUCACAGUAAACUCAUUUGUACGUGAGAGGCCUGUCAGAAAGGAUGAAUGACAAUAGACGCAGUCUUUGCGCUCGAGGACUGGAGAGCCAUGUCUCUGCAGUGUAUCGAACCAAAAGAAUAAAAUGAAAUACAAAAAAAAUAAAUAAAUAAAAGGGGCAGAGGGAUAUCUGCAUCUCAUCUCCAAUGUAAAAUCCAUGGUCUGAAUUUUAGAUCUCUUCUCUGUUUUAACUCUCAUAGUUGUUGUUUCAUCAUUCACUGUGUUGGCUCGCUAUGAGUGUAGUUUCUUUCCCCCUUUCCAUUGCUUAUCUAAGAAUAGAUUCAAAUGAUCUAUUACAUUUUAAUCGGUUAGCAUACUUUCAUAUUAUUAUAUCACUAUUUGAGUACCAUCCAAGUAAAGAAAGCAGACUGUCAAAGAUCUAAUUUCAUUGCCUGUCACUCUUUGGCUUUCACAGAGGAGCGAGGCCUCCUUUCACUGAAUCAAGCACACUAAAGACAACAAUCAUUGAAACCAUGCAUACAUAAAUCCAAAUACAAUUUCAAAUUGUAUCAGAAUCAUUGAAGAAAUUAUCCAGCAGUUUAAAGAAAGAUUUGCACAUACAGUAUUCUUCACUGUGUUUUCAUGUGAUGUAAAAUGUUUGUUGAAUACAAGGCCAUUUUGAGGUGUAUAUAUAUCCUUCUUCCUCUGGUGUUCAUUGUGUAAGUUAGUGCACUGACAGAUAUUGUGUUUCCUGGGUCCUUUGAAAUGAACAGUAUGUUGUAUAAGAGGGGGGGCAGUGAGAGAGAGAUGGAGGAUCACAACGACUGCAGAAAGAGGGAACAGACUGCUCUCUAGUGUGCAUAUUCUCAUACUGUGGCUGCAUUUUACCUUGUGCACCAUACUCUGCAAACCUCCACAGCAGGGGCAACAUCAAUAUACUGAAUUUGCAGCAGCUUUUCUGAAAAAACAAUUAAAUGCAUCAAUUUGCAUCAUUUUUGUGUUAUUUUGCAAUAAAUUAAGAUAAUGUUUACAACUUGUAAGUCAGCAGGAAUAAAAAUGUUUAAAGAAC